AUGGCUGGUGACCUUGUUCUUCUUACUGGAGCCACAGGCUUCAUUGGAUCCCGUACCCUGGUUCUUCUCCUGGAAGCAGGCUAUAGGGUCCGUACUGCGGUUCGAAAUGCCGCUGGUUAUGAAAAGAUUAAAGCACUCAAAUCCGCUGCUCCGUAUGCAACACAGAUGGAGCAAAUCAUUGUUCCCGAUAUAACAGUACAAGGAGCCUAUGAUGAUGCAGUCCAAGGGGUUAAAUACAUCGUGCAUGUGGCAUCCCCCUUUGCCUCUCCGGACCUUGCCCAAAGUGAUUACAAAUCCAGCUAUAUAGAGCCAGCUGUUAGGGGUACUGUUGGUAUGCUAGAUUCGGCAAUCACUGCUGAGAGUGUGAGAAGGGUUGUCAUCACUGGAUCUAUUCUGUCUAUUACAAGCCUCGACUCAUAUGGUACCGAUACCAUCAUCAACGAGGAACACCGUAGUGCUGUCACUACAGGGCCUUAUCCUAGCUGGAUGGCUGCAUAUGCCGCUUCCAAAGCUCUGGCCUUGGAGGCAACGAAGGUGUGGAUGGCAGAUCAUAAGCCACAAUUCGAUCUCAUUACCAUCGAACCGGUUUUUGUACUUGGUCGAGACGAAACAGCCAAAGAUGUUGAGUCACUCCUUAGAGGCCCCAAUGCUACUCUGAUUGGUCCUCUUCUCGGCAACCCGCAACUCAGACCACUUCCAUGCAUGCCCGUUCAUGUCGACGAUGUUGCCUUGAUGCACGUUCGCUCUCUCGACCCUGCCGUACCUGGUAACGAAGAUUAUCUUGCCAAUUCUCAUUCUCUUCAGCGAGUCCAAUGGGACCAGUCAUUCGAUAUUGUCAAGAAGCAUUAUCCGAAAGAAUGUGCCGAGGAAAUUUUCAAGGUGGAUACUGCAGAGCGACCAAAAACUCAGAAAGCCAUGGUUGAUAGUACCAAGGCUGAGCAGGCAUUCGGUAUCACUUUUAAAUCUUUCGAGGAGCAGAUAAUUAGCAUCACUGGGCAGUACUUGGAACUCAUUGGCCAGAAAUGA